UGUCAUUUAUUUGUAAAACUACAUGAACUUUACCAAAAUAAAAACUCCAAAUUCACAUUGAAACUGAGGUGUCCCAUAGGGACAGAUGUUUAAUGCUACCGGAAUUCACAAGGCCGCUCUCAUGGCUUCCAAACCCAAAGCCCAGCUACUCCAUACAAUUGCAGGGACAGCAGUGCAGAGCUCAGCCAAAAGGGCGAGGACAUUAUCCACUCAAUCCUCCAUGAAAGACGCUUUCGCUAAAUAUGCUGACUACCUUAAUAACCUUAAUGACAAGCGAGAAAGAGUGGUGAAAGCAAGCCGUGAUAUUACAAUGAACAGCAAAAAGGUCAUUUUUCAAGUACACAGAAUGAGUAAACAGAACAAAGACGAAGUUCUGGAAAAGGCAGAAAAGGACUUGGGGUAUGUGACAACUCGGCAUGUGUCUCGGCUUGUAAAAGAACUACAGGGAACCGAUUUCUGGAAGCUAAGGCGAGCAUACUCACCAGGGGUGCAAGAGUAUGUUGAAGCUGCAACGUUAUGUAAAUUCUGCAAAACAGGAACCCUUUUGAGUCUUGAUGAGAUAAAUGCUACAUUAUUACCCCUCAGUGAUCCAUCACUUGAACCUUUACAAAUUAACAAUCUCGACUACCUCUUGGGGCUUUCAGAUUUGACUGGAGAACUGAUGCGGUUGGCAAUUGGUCGAAUAUCAGACGGUGAACUUGAGUAUGCUGAGAUGAUAUGCCGAUUUGUUCGUGACAUUUACCGUGAGCUCACUCUUUUAGUACCACAUAUGGAUGAUACUUCAGAUAUGAAAAUGAAGAUGGAUACCAUGCUUCAAAGUCUGAUGAAGAUAGAAAAUGGUAUUUUCUUAAAAUGUUCAUCUGUAAGCAUGACCUACUUCAUUUGUGCAUUGGAAGUCAGAAACCCAUUGAUCAGCUUGCUUCAGUGUUCAUGUUCGAGGAUCAGAAUACAUGCCACUACUUGGGUCAGACGAUCCAGGUUCAUUCUUGUCAGGGGUUCCCGAUAUCGAGCUCUAAAGUCAUUUUUUCACUUUUGCUAAGUCAUUUAUUUUGCUGUUAUUGGAAAUGAAAACACUUAGAAGGUAGGACCGACAUUCUAUCAUCCUUGCCUGAAAAGAGAGAGAAAAACUUCAGGAGGAGAAACCUUAGAACUUGGGAAAUUUUGUUAAGUUAGGGGCAAGAAGCAUCUUGGAUGUUUGGCCAUAAUGCUAAGUUGUGAUCCUGAAUUAAGAUCUUUAUAUAUAUUGAUUUGAUUGUUUUUCAUAUUUUUAAA